CCAUUAAGGCUGUCCAUCAAAGGGGAACCAUUUGACAAAUAAAACGCGGGCCAAAUAGCUGAACGGCUGUCAUCAUGCUGAGAACUGGCAUUGUGAUUUGUGUGGUUCUAUCACGGCUGUUGGAUGGACCUUUGGCUAUCCGGGUGCACUGCAGACAUACGGAAAGAAUUCAUGAGGAGAACAUUCACCACUGCUGCCAGCAUCCCGACGGUCACAACGACGUUACGGAAAUGUGUGCCAAGCAGACCAACUUUCGCCUACCGAAUCCAGAUGAGGAGGCCAUGGAGGAUGUGACGGUGGACCAGGCGAUGGUCGGAACCUGCUGGGCCAAGUGUGUCUUCGAUCAUUUCGACCUGAUGCAGAAUAACACCCUGGAUAUGGUCAAGGUGCGAUCGUAUUACAAAAGUUAUCACAAAACGGAUCCGGAAUACGAAACAGAAAUGCUGAAUGCCUACGAAAAAUGUCACUCGAAAUCUGAGGAUGCCACCGAAAGGUUCCUGUCGCUUCCAAUUGUGAGGGCCUUUUCCACAGCCAAGUUCUGCAAACCGACCUCUAGCAUCAUUAUGUCCUGCGUUAUCUAUAACUUUUUUCACAAUUGUCCGAAAAAUCGCUGGUCCAACAGCACGGAGUGCGUGGAAACUUUGGCCUUUGCCAAGAAGUGUAAGGAUGUGCUGACAACAAUGUAA